AUGGCGGGUUUCUCUGUUGACGGAAGUGGGUUGAACAACGGUGCUUCGAAGAAGAGGCAACGUCUUACGUUGGCUUUGACGACGAGGAAAUCUACCGGUGAUACUGAGGAGAAGAAGAACCGCACGGCGACGCUGCUUGAUCUGGAUGUUAUCGACUGUCCCGUUUGCUUUAAUACUCUGACCAUUCCCAUUUAUCAGUGCGAUAAUGGUCAUGUAAUAUGCUAUACUUGCCAUAAAAAGUUGAGGAAGAAAUGUGCAACAUGUUCUUUACACAUUGGUUCCCGCAAUAGAGCUAUGGAGCAGGUUCUUCAACACCUUAGAGUUCCAUGUCCAAAUUCAGAAUUUGGAUGCCCCAAGAAUGUCACGUAUGAUGAAAGAUCAAGACAUUUACAGCAGUGCGAUUUCACACAAGGUCCUUGCCCUUUUAACCGAUGCAACUUUACCGGCUCUUACGAGGAUAUAUAUGUACACACCAAUGCUGAACACCUCAAGUCCUUGGACAUGUUUGAAUGUGGAAAUCCAGUGUUUAUACACCCCGAAAGUGGUGAGAGGGUUGUUCUCAAGGAACAGACUACAGAAGGAGGAAGAAAACUUGUGGUUGUGGAGUGUUUCACCACGCCACAAGGUCGAAUAAUCUAUGCUUACUGUAUUGGACCUAUGGUCCCAAGAACACAUGAGUUCUCAUACAGCUUAAAGUUGUAUUCAUCAAACGGUGAUCGCUUGUGUUUUGAAUCAAGUCUGAAACAAGUUCGUCAAGUGAGCGGUGAACAACCAGAUGAGCAUUUUAUGUUUGUUCCUUCACACAUGUGCCCUGAUUACAAGUUGCAUAUAUGCAUCAACCGGAAGACUUAUUAG